AAGCCACAAGGAGAGAGAAAGAGAGAAGCGCCUUACCAACAACAUCUUACACUAACCCAACAUCACAAAGCAGAGGUAGUAGGUAGUGGAAAGAUAACAUAACAUAUACAUAAACAUAAGCUUCAUAUUCACUUCAUUCUUCAAUUCAAACUAUCUCAACCCCAAAACCAAAAUGGAUUCCAAUCACCAAAUUGCAGCAGAAACAGAGAAAGAUGAACAAAAUCAAAACCCAACACACUCCACAGAACCUCCAUUCGCGGUAGCAUCACUCUCGCUCACUCUCUCCACAGUUCUCCCAUUUGUUCAACCUAAGAUCCCAUCUUUUUUCUCUCGAACACAACCCAACAAGCUCAAGUUCCCCCCAACUCAGGCUUCGUCCCUCACACACCUCUCUCUCUCCACCCCCGCACCCACCAAAACCAGCUUCAAAUCCAACCUCUCCGCCAACCCACUCCACACCCCACAUUCCCUGGGACCCCACCGCCCCCUCGACCCUUCCAACGCCGCCGCGCUCCGCCGCGCCUCCAUCGUAUGGUUCCGCAACGACCUCCGUCUCCACGACAACGAGUGCCUCAACGCCGCCAACAACGAAUCCCUCUCGGUUUUACCUCUUUACUGCUUUGACCCCUCCGAUUACGGGAAAUCCUCCUCCGGCUUCGACAAAACCGGUCCCUACCGUGCCUCCUUCCUCAUCCAAUCCGUUUCGGACCUUCGCCGGAACCUCCAGGCUCGAGGCUCGGAUCUGGUGGUUCGGGUGGGAAAACCCGAGACGGUGUUGGUUGAAUUGGCAAAGGCCGUUGGAGCUGAUGCCGUUUACGCUCACAGAGAGGUUUCGCACGAUGAGGUGAAGACGGAGGAGAAGAUUGAAGCUGCGAUGAAGGAGGAGAAUGUGGAGGUUAAGUACUUUUGGGGAAGUACUUUGUAUCAUGUUGAUGAUUUGCCUUUUAAAUUGGAGGAUAUGCCUUCUAAUUAUGGAGGGUUUAGGGAUAGGGUUCAGAAAUUGGAGAUAAGGAACACUAUUGAGGCCUUGGAUCAACUUAAGGGUCUUCCUUCUCGUGGUGAUGUUGAACCUGGGGACAUUCCCUCCUUAAUGGACCUUGGCCUUAAUCCUUCUCCCACAAUGCCACAGGAUGGGAAGCCAGCUGCUAAUGCUUCCAUGGUAGGAGGGGAGACUGAAGCGCUGCAGAGACUCAAAAGAUUUGCAGCCGAGUGUGAAGCACAGCCACACAAAGGGUCUAAGGAUGGAACACAAAGCAUAUAUGGUGCCAAUUUCUCCUGCAAAAUUUCUCCGUGGUUGGCAAUGGGAUGUCUCUCUCCACGCACAAUGUAUGAUGAACUAAAGAAGACUGUCAGCAGAUCCAUUUCUGCUUCAUCAAACCGAAAUGAUGGUGGUAGUGGUUCAUCCAAAACUGGAACAAAUUGGUUGAUGUUUGAGUUGUUGUGGAGGGACUUCUUUAGGUUUAUAACCAAAAAAUACAGUUCUGCAAAGAAACAGCUGGAAGCUACUCCAGCCACUGCUUGUACGGGUGCACUUGCUUAAGCUAGAAGUUGUAGUGGGCAUAAGAAAAUUUGUUUAAGGAUGUGGAUUGCUUCCCUAUGCAUAUUGGGCAGUAGGGUUCUGGAUGAACAAGAUUUGGUUCCCCCUCUGAAGUUCUGUUGUAAUUGGCAGAUACAUUAUUUCAGUAUGGAAGCUUUACAUUAAUUUCUUGAUGGCAAGUGUUAGUGUUGUUAAAAUAGCAUUUCGUCUGCAUCGGGUAUCUUUUCUGAGCUUUUCUUGAGUUCAAAAUUCAUCUCUCUCCCCACAAUAACAAUAUUUUGGGAGAAAUUUGAAAUUUAAGAAAGGAUGUAAUUACUACGGUAUUUAUAAUAAUAUAAGGAUGAAUUCUCAGAUGU